AUGCCAUUGCAAGACCUUGAUUAUGAGGAACUUACCAAUACCUUAAUUAACAACUUUAAUAUUUUAGCAGACGAAGUCCAACUUCUAAGUGACAGAAAAACCAUUCUAGAACACAAACUGCGAUAUUCGCAUUCUCAAUAUCAAUCUUUGGCAGAUAAAUAUGCCCCCUCAGACCCUGAGAUAGCUAGUACACUGGCAAAGCUUCAACUUCCUCCAGAUUUACAAGUAACUGUUCCUGAUCGUGGUGGGUUUGUUCCUUUGCCACUUCGUAAGCAACCAACCUCGAAGCAGCAGACUGCCGUUGCAAUAAGGGACGGGAGAAAGGCAGCGCAGCGUCUUGCGGCUUUAUCUGGAAAGUCUGCCGGAUCUACAACUAGUAAAAGUAUAUCCGGGGGAAGUAGUAAUAUGAGAUUUUCAGCACAUCGAACCUCCCUUUCAACUGUUCUCGAACAAGAUUUUACUGUGCCUGGAAAGAAGAGUUCAUUAUUGUGUCCAUUUGUAACUAUGCCUGACGGAACGAAAUCCAUGAAGAACCCAAAUGCUCAGGAUACCAGCACUGGUGAAUCCGAUCAAUCUUUGACUCCUAUCGAUAACCAAGACCCCACUCCCCACCACUCCUCAGAUCCUAUAUGUGCGCAAAUGUACGCCGAGACGAUGUCGUCCCCGCCCCCAUCAGCAUCAGGCCCUGGAGCUCAAUGUCCAAUUCGAUAUCUUAAUCAGCAUUCGCCUGAAGAGAUAGCACGAUACUUUGAAAUUCACAAACACGAAGUUCCCCGCAGUCAUGAAGUUUGCGUCAAGCGAUAUCAACGAAAUGAGGAUGAUGUGAGGAUGCUAGAUGCAAAAUAUGGAAACCUUGUGAGCAUGAUCCAGGGACUGGGACAAAAACAUCAGCCAAUGUUACCUACAAAGGAAGAGCAAGAAGCAUAUGAGGUUGAGCGCGCCUCCAAUGAGAGAGUGGAGAAUUGGGCAAAUAAUGUCAGUGUUGAUGGCAAUGAUUCGCUGCCUGGAUCUCAAUCUACUCCCGCAGACGACAGAGAAAGCCGCUUUGACAGGCCAAUGAAGGAAGUUCGGGUUGGGGAAUCCCCAAGCAGACCAUGGGGAAUCUCUGUUCCAAUAUAUGAUCAACCACCAGACCACAGACCUGUGUCUCCACCACCAGCGCCUGUAUCGAUUCCUCUGGACAGUUAUUCAAAACCUCCUGGAAAGUGUCCAUUUGGGCAUACUGCAGGAUCGAAUGCGCAACCAAAAUCAACGCAAGAAUUACCAGCGACUCCAGUUGAUGCACAAAGACCGACAGGUUGUCCCUUUAGCCAAGGUCAAAAGGCUAAUAAAGAAGAGUCCCCCUCUACAAACUACGAUGCGCCUCCCAUACUACACGACCAACCGACCUUCAUCCAACCCGAACAACUCCAGAUGCAGGGUAAUGGACCAAAGAUGGUUUUUACAGGGCCCGUGUUCAUAGGAUACCCGAUCGAACAGGCAGUGGCUUUCAUGAAACAGUACCAGGCACAAAAUGAAUGA